CAGAUUAUUCAUGAAACUAUAAUUAAUUACCUCCCCCUCAGACUAACAAUUUAUAGUUCACAUAAACAGCUGUAAUGAUUGGAUUUUUCUAAUCUGGAAAAAAAAAAAAGAUAGCUCUAAUUUCUAAGUUCAACGUACGUCCUCCUAACACACUGUUUGGUGGAACUACUUUUCAAACUCUAUCUAAACUACACAAUUAAUUUCUGGAAUCUGCAGGCUUGACUCGUUCAAGAGCCUUAUUAUCAAAUAAACAAAUCAUCGGCCAAAUUCGGUUCAGAACACUAGCUUAGGCAGCUUUCGUUUCACAAGUCAAAUUUCUGUAUUAGGCGGCGUUGGUAAAUUAAUUACCAACCACACACGUUUCCGCCUUCCCCCAAUAUAUACAUGACCCAACCAACACAACAACAACAACAGGCAAAAUCGUACUCUGGAAAGAAGGGAAAACCAAACUUCGUUCUUCUUUUUUUUUGGUUUCGUAAAUCAGGACAUCCAUCGUCGACAACAGUGAUCGAAUCGUCGAACAACAAUGAGAGGAGCUCGUUCCUCGACUCCUUCGUCGUCACCUUUUCUUCCUCUGGUCGUGAUGAUGGUUGUCGUCGCCCUGUUUCCUUCGUCAUCGUUCUCCUUCAGCCUGAAAUCCGCGAAACCCUUUCUUCGUAGCAACGUCGAGGACGAUUCUCCAUUUCGCGAGGACUUCUUGUUUGGAACUGCAGCCUCUUCCUACCAGUUUGAAGGAGCGUAUUUGAGUGAUGGGAAAGGGAUCAGCAAUUGGGACGUUCACAGCCAUACCCCAGGCAAGAUCGUCGAUGGAAGCAAUGGAGAUGUCGCCGUCGAUUCUUAUCACCUCUAUCAGGAAGAUAUUAAGCUAAUGAAAUCCCUUGGAGUCAACAGCUACCGGUUCUCCAUUUCUUGGUCACGCAUACUACCUAAAGGGAGGUUUGGAGAGAUAAAUCAAGCUGGAAUUGCAUAUUACAACGAGCUCAUCGACGCUCUCGUACUUGAAGGAGUCGAACUAUUUGUGACGCUCUGCCAUUUUGAUAUGCCGCAAGAGUUAGAGGACCAAUAUAAGAGUUGGCUAAGCUCGGAAAUUCAGGAGGAUUUCGGGUACUACGCUGACGUAUGCUUCAAGUACUUUGGCGACAGAGUGAAAUAUUGGUCGACUUUCAACGAACCAAACUUCCAAGUCACCUUCGGUUACCGAGACGGCACUUUCCCGCCAUCCCGCUGCUCGGGGCACUUUGGUAAUUGCACGGACGGGGACUCAGAAACGGAGCCGUAUAUAGCCGCCCACAACAUAAUCCUCUCUCAUGCAGCCGCCGUCGACGUCUACCGCACCAAAUACCAAAAGGACCAGAAGGGCAUGAUCGGAAUUGUACUCCACUGCGCUUGGUUCGAACCGUUCAGCGAUUCAGAAGCCGAUGGGUUGGCCACGGACCGGGCCAAUGCUUUCUUCGCGAACUGGUUCUUCGACCCGAUCGUGCUUGGUCGGUACCCGGAAGAGAUGAGCCAGGUUCUCGGGUCGACCCUGCCCGAGUUCUCGAGUAAGGAUAUGGAGAAGCUUAAGCAAGGGCUGGAUUUCUUGGGGAUCAACCAUUAUACGAGCUACUACAUCAAGGAUUGUAUCUACUCUGCUUGUGAGCCUGGGCUUGGAACUACCAGGAGUGAAGGUUCAUUCCAGACAAUCCAGGAAAGGGAUGGAUUCCCAAUGGGGAAACGAGGUGAUUUGGGUUGGCAAUACAUUUACCCACAAGGAAUGGAGAAAAUGGUGACAUACUUAAAAGAUAGAUACAACAAUGUGCCCAUGAUUAUCUCAGAAAACGGGUAUGGUGAGAUGAACAGUCCAAUGCUCACUACUGGAGAUUUCCUCAACGACGUGAGAAGAGUAGAGUACAUGUCUGGGUACUUGGAAUCACUCAUGGCAGCAAUCAGGAAAGGCGCAGACGUGAGAGGGUACUACGCGUGGUCGUUGCUCGACAACUUCGAGUGGACCAACGGUUAUACCCAGAGGUUCGGGAUCUGCCACGUCGAUUACAACACUCUGGAGAGAACUCCAAAGCUAUCGGCGAAAUGGUUCAAAGGAUUCAUCGCCAAGUAUGGCAAGACACCCAGAGCCCUGUUGUGAGUGAAUGGGGAUCAACCCAUAUAGCAGAAGGAAAUAGCUUAAUUCUUUUGUUUAUUUACAAGUGAUGUUGACCCUAACGUUUAAAAUUAGGGUCGCUUGGAAGUUUGUCAUCGUUCGUUAUCACUAAGCCAAACUUGUAAUUAUCAGUAGAGAAAGAUAGGAAAAGAGGUGCAAUUGAUUCAUUGUCAUUGUGAUAAUGGCAUGAAAUUGAUUGAUUGGUUCAUUGUUGAAUGCAAGCAAACACAUUGACCGCGACAAACAAUGAUCAAUAAUAUGUGAGAAAAUACUGAUAUCACAAGUGUUGUUGACCCUAAAGUUUGAACUCGGCGUAAGUUCGAAGGCUGUCACUAUGAGCAUCAUAAUCACUAGACCUACUUAGAGUGAAAAUAAAUGAACAAUAUUACACUGA